AUGGAGAACAAGACGCCGCUGCCCGACCUCAGCCAGCUGUCUCCCGAGGAGGUCAAGACGGUGUCCUUGUUUAAGGAAAAUACCCCGUGUGUGGUGAACAUAACCAACAUCGCUACGGCACGUGGCUACUAUAGCAUGGACAUCCAAAAAAUACCCGCAGGCAAGUUUGGAGGGCACGGGUUUGUGUGGGAUGGGCGUGGCCACAUCGCCACCAACUUCCACGUCAUACGCGGGGCCUCCGAGGUGCGGGUGUCGCUCAUAGACCAGUCCACGUGGCCCGCCAAGAUCAUCGGGGGCGACCCGUCGAAGGAUGUUGCGGUGCUGCAGGUGGAGGCGCCGCCAGAGGUGCUGGCCAACCUCAAGCCCAUCACCUUGGGCGCCAGCAGCGGCCUGCUGGUGGGGCAGCAGGUGUUUGCCAUCGGCAACCCAUUUGGUUUGGACCACACGCUUACCUCUGGAAUCAUCUCGGGCCUGAACCGCGAGCUGAACACAGGUUACGGCGGCAACUCCCUUCGGAAUGUCAUCCAAUGCGAUGCUGCCAUCAACCCCGGCAACUCGGGCGGCCCGCUGCUGGACAGCCGCGGCCGGCUGAUUGGAAUCAACACCGCCAUCGCCGACCCCACCGGCAAGGGAGCCAGCUCCGGCAUUGGCUUUGCGAUACCCAUCGACACAGUGAAGGGCCUGGUGGAGCAGAUCCUCAAGUAUGGGCGCGUUGUGCGCCCUGUGCUGGGCAUCACCAUAGCGCCGCCCCAGGCGCUGCGGCAGAUGGGCAUCCAGGGCGUGCUGGUGCUGGAUGUGCCGCCCGGCACACCGGCAGCCAAGGCGGGCAUGGAGGGCAUCACACGUGACAACUACGGCCGCAUGACGAUCGGCGACGUGAUUGUGGGCAUGAAUGGCAAGCCCGUGCGCACAGAGGCAGACCUCUUUGACAUACUGGAUGGAUGCAAGGUGGGGGACAAGGUGACGGUGGAUGUGCUUCGGCAUGGCGACCAGCGCAAAACGCUGACGGUGAAGCUGGGGGAGAGGAUACCCGAAAUCGCAGAGUGACGGAGAAGGCCUGGGUUUGAAAAGUAGCAACAAGAUUUUUUGUUUGCAGCCAGCAAUCUCAAUGCAAUUGGGUUGGAGAGAGAACAGGAGGCCCGCUGUUUGAAACUGCCGUACCG